UGUCGGGCAGGGCGGGCGGCGGCGGCGGCGGCGCUGGCGGCGGCGCUGGGGAGUCGGAGUCGAAGUGGGCGGACAGCGGCUCGUCGGGCAGGCCCCCAUGGAGCUCGAGAAUAUCGUGGCCAACACGGUGCUGCUCAAGGCGCGAGAAGGUGGAGGCGGAAAUCGAAAGGGCAAGAGUAAGAAAUGGCGCCAAAUGCUGCAGUUUCCCCAUAUCAGCCAGUGUGAAGAUCUUCGGCAUACCUUGGAGGGAGAUUACCACAAUUUGUGUGAGAAGCAACCCAUUGGCCGCCUGCUCUUCCGGCAGUUCUGUGAAACGCGGCUUGAGCUGAUGCGCUGUGUCAAGUUCUUGGAUGCUGUGGCAGAGUAUGAAGUGACCCCUGAUGAGAAUCGGAAAGAGUGCGGGCAGCAGCUGAUCAAGACAUACUUGAAUCCUCAGAGUGCGGACCAUGUGCCUGAAGUGUCUUUGGAGCUGGUCACUUUGUGUUCUGAGCGACUGGAGGAGGAGGAACCGGGUAAAGAGCUCUUUAAGGAAUCUACCAAGCUCAUCCAUGACUACCUUAGUGUGGCACCUUUUGCUGACUACCUUGAUAGCAUUUAUUUUAACCGUUUCAUGCAAUGGAAAUAUCUAGAAAGGCAACACGUGACCAAGAACACAUUUCGUCAGUACCGUGUACUGGGGAAAGGAGGUUUUGGAGAGGUGUGUGCUUGCCAGGUGCGAGCCACUGGGAAAAUGUAUGCCUGCAAGAAGCUUGAGAAGAAGCGGAUUAAAAAACGGAAGGGGGAAGCCAUGGCUUUGAAUGAGAAGCAGAUACUGGAGAAAGUGAACAGUAGGUUUGUAGUGAGCCUAGCUUAUGCUUAUGAAACUAAAGACGCCCUCUGCUUGGUCUUGACUCUCAUGAAUGGCGGGGAUCUGAAGUUCCACAUCUACCACAUGGGGGAGGCAGGCUUUGAGGAGCCGCGAGCUGUUUUCUAUGCUGCUGAAAUCUGCUGUGGUUUGGAAGAUCUCCACCAUGAGAGGAUAGUGUACAGGGAUUUGAAACCAGAGAAUAUCUUGCUGGACGAUCAUGGUCACAUCCGCAUUUCUGACCUGGGGCUUGCUGUAUAUGUUCCAGAGGGACAGACGAUAAAAGGCCGGGUGGGAACCGUUGGCUACAUGGCUCCUGAAGUGGUGAAGAAUGAGCGCUACACAUUCAGUCCUGACUGGUGGGCUUUAGGAUGCCUGCUCUAUGAGAUGAUUGAGGGCCAAUCUCCGUUCCAGCAGCGCAGGAAAAAAAUCAAACGCGAAGAAGUGGAACGGCUGGUGAAAGAAGUGCAAGAAGAGUACUCUGAGAAAUUCUCACCUGCUUCACGUUCUCUCUGUUCCAUGCUCCUGUGCAAAGAUCCACUGGACCGGCUGGGAUGCGGAGAUGCUGGUGCCCAGGAAGUGAAAGAGCACCCUCUCUUCAAACACUUGAAUUUCAAGCGGCUAGAAGCUGGGAUGCUAGACCCACCGUUCAAACCCGAUCCCCAAGCUAUUUAUUGCAAAGAUGUAUUGGACAUUGAGCAGUUCUCCACAGUCAAGGGAGUAGAGCUGGAGCCCACAGAUCAUGAUUUCUACCAUAAGUUUGCAACAGGAAGUGUCCCUAUUCCUUGGCAAAAUGAGAUGAUAGAAACAGAGUGUUUCAAUGAGCUAAAUGUCUUUGGUCCUGAUGGCUCUGUGCCUCCUGAUCUGGACUGGAAGGGACAGCAACCUACUGUGCCAAAAAAAGGUCUACUUCAACGUCUCUUCAGCCGACAGGACUGUUGUGGGAACUGCAGUGAAAGUGAAGAGGAACCCACUCGCCUAUAGUUGCAGCCAAUCUAUUCUCUGCACAAGCCUGGCCAAGCCUGACUCGACCAAAGCAGUGUGGCAUGGGCUCUAGCACGGUUUGUG